AUGUCUAUCCUCACCCAUGUUUUGGCUGGCCUGUUUGGCAUGGGCUCCUGGGUCACCAUCUGUGGUCUGUGGGUGGAGCUGCCUCUAAUCGUUCCACAGGUUCCUGAGGGUUGGUAUCUUCCCUCCUACAUCUCCAUUAUUGUUCAACUGGCCAACAUCGGACCUCUGUUUGUCACAUUAAUGCACCGCUUCCACCCAGGAAAGCUCAACGAAACUGCAGUUAUCUAUUUUAUUGUUGGUUUCGGGAUACUUGCAAGCCUUUUCCUGGCUUUCUUCUGGAGUGAGACGGUAGUGGUGCAAGGUGUGGAGCGCAGCGUUCCUCUCCUGCUCCUCAUCUUCUUUAUCCCAAUAGUGGACUGCACCUCUUCGGUGACUUUCCUUCCCUUCAUGAUGCAGCUCAAGGCGGAGUAUCUCAUGACUUACUAUGUAGGAGAAGGCCUGAGUGGUCUUGUCCCAGCUUUAGUGGCGAUGGUUCAAGGUGUAGGUGUGGUGGAAUGUGUCAAUGCAUCUCAAAACGCUAACUACUUUGUGCCUCGCUACCAACCAGCUAUCUUUUCAGUUGAAGACUAUUUUUUCUUCCUGAUGGCUAUGAUGGUGGUUUGUUUGGUGGCGUUCAUACUUUUGAAAUACCAUCCAGCUGUGAAGCAUGAGCGUCCCAAUAACAUAAAUGGAAAUGGAGAUUCCAUACUGCGCUGGAAAAACAAGAAAUCUGAACAGAAACCAAUGAUGCGUUUUGGAAAGGCUAUUCAGAAGCCCAGGAGCACAUUUGGGACAGGGAAGCACACAUGGAUGCAAGUGAUAUACAUCUACAUUAUCCUGGCAUGGGUGACCACUCUGACUAAUACCGGUUUGCCGUCAGUGCAGUCGUACUCAUGUUUACAAUACGGAGACCAGGCCUAUCACUGGUCAGCAGGGUCCUUAGUGUUGAUGGGACUUCUCACUUCCAUUGGCUCUCUUAUUGGAGUUUACAUUAUGGGCAUGGCUAUGAUGAGUCCAUGUCCACUGCUAGUCAAUGAGACCUCUGGAGCCGUCAUUAUUGUGUUGGCGUGGUUCUUUUUUAUCUUCAUCCUAUCUUAUGUAAAGGUGAUUGUUGCUGUCAUCUUGCGAGAUGAAGGCCACAGCGCUCUUGUGUGGUGUGGAGCUGUAGUGCAGUUGGGCUCAAUGUUGGGGGCGGUGACUAUGUUUCCUUUGGUCAAUAUAUAUGACUUUUUCACCUCAGGUGACCAGUGUAACACUAAUUGUCUAUGA